ACAUUUAGAGAAACGAAACUUAAGAGUCGUCCCCCCUCUCAGUGAGCAUCGGUGAAGAUGGCUGAGGAGCAGCCUGAUCAGGGCGUCGUGUUGGAUCACAGUCAGUUCUGCUGCUCAGUGUGUCUCGACCUGCUGAAGGAGCCUGUCACCAUCCCAUGUGGACACAGCUACUGCAGAUGCUGCAUCGAGGGUUACUGGGACCAGGGAGAUGAGAAGGUCGAGGUCAGCUGCCCUCAGUGCAGGGAGAGCUUCAGCUCACGGCCUGUUCUGAGGAGGAACAACAUGCUGGCAGAGGUUGUAGAGAAGCUGAAGAGGACCCAGCAGGCGUCCCCCUCCGAUCCCCUGGCUUGUGCCGGUCCGGGAGACGUCGCCUGUGACUUCUGCUGUGGGCCCAGACGAAACAAAGCCACCAUGUCUUGCCUGACGUGCCUGGCGUCGUACUGCCCUGCUCACCUCGAGCCUCACCACGCCGUCCCCGUGCUCAAGGUACACCAGCUGGUCUCCACUACGAUCCCGCUGCAGGACAAGAUGUGCACAAAGCACAACAAGCUGAUGGAGGUCUACUGUCGGAAUGAGGGCAGGUGCAUCUGCUAUCUGUGCACCUUGGAUGAGCAUAGUGAGCACAACAUGGUGUCAGCUGCAGCAGAGAGGAAAAGUGAACAGAAAAAACUGGCAAUCUGCCAAACAGACAUCAGGGAGAGAGUCCAGGAGAGAGAAAAGGAGCUGAAUGAGCUGGUCGGAGCUCUGAAGGAUUUCAAGAGCGAUAGCCAGACUGCGGUGAAGUCCAGCGAGAUUAUCUUCGAUGAGCUGAUCUCCUCCCUAAAAACAAAACGCUCCAUGAUGAAGCAGCAGAUCGAAGACCAGGAAAAAACUGCCGUUGCAAAGGCGGAGGAGCUGCAGCUGCAGCUGGAAGUGGAGAUUGCAAAGCUGAAGAGAAGAGACACGGAACUAGAGGAGCUUUCUCAUACGGACGACCACAUUCAUUUUAUUCAGACUUUCCAGUCUCUCUCCACCUCCUGUGAAUCUCCAGACUUGCCCCCGAAUGCAGUUGUUCUGCCCCAGCUUUCAGUCAAAACUGUGACUGACUCUGUGUCUGAGAUGAGAGACGACAUAGAGGACCUCCUCACGGGCACAUGGACUAGGAUUUCUACCACAGUCUCUUCUUUAGAUGUGGUACUGCCACCGGUCCCAAAAACCAGAGAGGAGUUUUUACGCUAUCGCUGUUCUCCAACACUGGAUCGUAACUCGGUCAACACAUAUUUUUCCCUCUCGAAAGAAAACCGGCAGGUGACGUACAGUUCAUGUGGAACCUCUUAUGUUGCUCAUUCAGGCAGGUUUAAAAAUGUCAGGCAGGUGCUGUGCGAACAAGGUUUGUCAGAUCGAUGUUACUGGGAGGUCAGUUUCAGUGGUUGUACUUGGUCAGUGGCAGUGUCUUACAAAAGCAUCGGCAGAUCAUCUGAGUUCGGAAAGAACGACGAGUCGUGGAGUUUACUGUGCUCCCCGACUGAUUACGACUUCUGGCACGACUCAGAAGUAACAACAGUGUCAGGCCCUCAGUCCUCCACAAUCGGAGUGUACGUAGAUCACAGGGCAGGUACGCUGUCUUUUUAUAGCGUCUCCGACACAAUGACUCUGCUCCACAAUGAACACACCACCUUCACUCAGCCUCUCUACCCCGGCCUUGGGUUCAAGAAAGGUGGGAGUUUUGUAGACAGUAAAUACUACGCAGAAAUGAUGAAGUUAUAGUAGAUUGUGAACCACUGCUGAAUAGGCGACGCUUGGCCUUUCGGUAUGUACGCCCAUCGGAUACAACAUUAAGACAUGGACCACCCACCUAGACCAGACUGGACACCCCCACUCCAUAGCAAUGACACACCUUGAUGUGCAGCGGCCAUCCCCAGCAGGAUGCAGCCUGACACACACACAAAACUUUAUGAACAACUCAAUAAGCAUCAACAUCAAACGGUGUAGACCUGGCCUCCAAAUUGACUAGAUCUUUAACGUAUCAAGUAUCUGUGGGAUGAUCCACAGAGGCCCCUCCCUUCAAUCCACAGGACCCAAAGUUACCCCACUAACCACACUUUGUUACCAGACACCUCAGGACACCCUCAGAAGACCCGUGUCCAUUCUCUCCUGAGUCACAACUCCUUUUCCAGCUGCUUCACUUCAAUGUUUUCAAUGCUAGAACUGGGAGGUAGCAUGUGGAGUGAUUUAGUGAACCUGUUUGCAUGUAGUAACACAUCCUUCCUUUAGAGUCCACUAUUCACUCUCUUUUAGGUCACUGAUUAUUAGUGUUGAGCCAUGUUUAAAAUAAGACUGGGGUAAUGGCCUAGGAGGUACGAAAGGAGAAAAUGUGGGUGUUGUUGCUAUUGUUUCUAUCUUUUUUUACGAUGUUAACUGGAGAACAUGAGGUAAUUGUUCCUUUAUCAGGACAACUGAGCAUAUUUUUCUAGUAAAAUGAGUAGUGACAAGAUAAUUUAACUUAGUACCAUCACGAGAUGGCGAAAUAAUUAACUCUUGAUUUCAAUCUUUUUUUUUUUUUUUUUGAAUACUUAUUUACAUAAAAUGGCUACUCAAAGAACAUGACACUCAAUGUCAGGCAACAGUAGAUAUUUUGCUUGUUUGUUUUCAGUUCUUCAAGUUGGACCAUGUAUGUUUGCUGCUGACAUCUCUGUGUUUAUUGUGAUAUAUCUGGAGGAGAUAUCUGGAAACUACUUAAUAAAUGCAUCUGCACAGCC